GUUAAAAAUCCUCGCUGAAAAAUGAAUACUCGUAGAAUGACCGCCAGUCGAAAACGACAACAAGAAGAAACCAACACACCGGCGAACAAGCGCUUCAAGUCGUCCGGAGUCGUAGCUGCCGAUGUGAAAGCUAUCACAGAUAAACGUUCAUCUAACAAAAUGGUCCAUCAACCAACAAAGAUCUAUUACACAAGAUUGCGCCGGCGUAAUGAAGAAGAAGAGAAGCAACAAAAGCUGACAGACGUCAACACUGAUUGUCUCGAGCAAAUUUUCAAGCGUCUAAGCCUAACUGAUCUCUUGAAUGUUGCCGACUCCAACCAACAAUUGAAACCGGCGGUGGACUUGGCGUUCAGGAGCCAGUUUGGGAAACGAUCGAUAAAAAUCGAUAUGGAACGCAAGAUUGUGGGUUUCUCUGAAAAGGUCACAGAUUCGCUAACAGCUGAAAUUCCAUGGUCAUUCCGCUUCAAGUUGUUACGCUGCUUUGGACACUUGAUCGCAAAAUUAAAGAUUACCUAUGUACGUGAGCCAUCACAAGAGGAUUCAAAACGUGCCGCACACAUUGAUCGUUAUGUCAACGAAUACUGUGCCAAAUCACUGGUUGAAAUCGAAUUUAACUUCUGCCAAGCAAGCACACUGGACAAUCUAAAGAAGCCAUUCUCAACAGUUGAAACACUUUGUUUUGUUGACUGCCGAUUGGAAAGGAAGCUGUCGGAGCUCAAUAAAUGGUUCCCGAAAGUUCGAUGCUUAGAAUUAUUGUGCGUAAAAGAAAUAUUAGAUUGUGAUGAGACCGCUGUUCAUUUUCCUGACCUUGAACAUUUGACUCUGAUUCUUCUAUUCAAUGAAAAGAAAUAUUUUCUUGAACUCUUGCGUCUAAACCCGCACCUACGAAUCUUGUUCAUUGGUGGCAACAUCGAUGUCCAAUGCCUUCAAAGCGUUAGCGAACAUUUACAGCAUCUGGAAACUCUGGCAAUCUGUGCAUUAAAACAUGGAAACAUCUCGAAUAUUGGAAACGACACCGUUCACUUUCCAAAUGUGAAAAAUCUGUUACUACGAGGAGUGGUGCUUCAACAAUUUCCACUGACAUUCGACAAACUUGAAUAUUUGGAUAUUAAAUCGAUUGCUAUGGACCAGACAUUGGCUAAUUUCAUCAGCAAGCACAAAAAACUCAUCAUGCUGGAUUAUUCGGGUAAUAAAUACGGUGAAAAGGGCUCGCUAUUGAAGGUCGCAUCGCCAGCUUUAGUGAAAGUUGAUUUUGGACAUUCCGCUUUUCCGCUUGAUGAAGUGGUGACGUACAUGAAAAAGUGCACAUCGUUGAAAAAGCUCUCGCUUGGAUUCGAUAACGAAAAGGAUUACAAGGCGGUGCAGAAUCGAUUGGGUAAAGAAUGGCGUGGAACCAACAUGAAAAGCAUUGAUGAUGCAAUUGCUGUUACAAUGGAGCGCCAAUCAAUUUGAUACUCACACAAUCUUCAAUCUACUUGAUGGAUCUUCAAAAUGGAAGAUUUUUCAUUUCAGCCAUAAUUGUAGAAACUAAACUUAGAACAGUAAAAUUGGUUCAUUCAGAGACCAAGUAAAAAUUUGGGAAAAAGAAAAAAAAUGCUAUUUUGUACCAAUCUGAAUUGGUAAUCACCGAAAGUUCAACGCCACUAUUCAUAUUACAUCGGUUUUCGUUCAUUUUUGGAACAAUUUAUGGAAAAUUAAACUGAAGUUUGUCCAAGAUCAACCAA